AGUGUCGCAAACAACCUUCCGAAAAAAGAGAAAGGGAAAAAGAAAUCCAGUAAAGCAGAAGUAGUAGUACUACCAGUGCAGCAUCAUCAUUGUCAGGUGGUGGUGUCUCACCCACAACUCCUCAUUUUCUGAUGCUCACUCUCUUCUCAGCUUCAUAAUUCGCAUCCUCCCGUUUACUGGUUUCUCUGCCAUUACAUUUGCAACCCUACCAAUCGCCAAAACCCCCUGCCUCUUUCUCCGCAUUUCUCUUUCUUUGAAGUGGGUUGCAGAAUCAGGUAUUACUUCUCCUGCUCAGUCUGUUCUUUCGAGUUUUAUUCUGCUGGGAGGAAUCAUUGUCAAGAAAUGUGAGAAUGAAGCCUUGGGUAACCCAGAAGUGGCUUGUUCUUUUUGUUAUUUUGUUUGACAUAGAGGCUGUUUGAACGAAGAAUGGCUGGAACAAAGGGGUUGCUCUUAAUAUACCUUGUUUAUGUUUGUUGUUUUAAGUCGAUGGUUUGCAGUUCUUUUAGUCCCCUAGACGGCUUUUUUAUUGAUUGUGGAGGUAAUAGAACCCUAAAACUUGAAGAUGGCCGGGUUUUUGAACCCGAUUAUGGUAAUGCUGAUGUGGGCUUUUCUCCAACUUCCCACGUUGUGGUUUUGGAGACUGACAUGGACUCAUCGAAUGAGUCAAAUGACUUGGGCGUUUACAAUUCAGCUAGGGUUUUUACAGUAGCUUCCAACUAUACGUUUAGCACUAAGGAGAUUGGCCACCAUUGGCUGCGAUUGCAUUUUUACCCUGUUGAGAAUCCUCAUUAUAAUUUGACAAAUGCAGUUUUUUCUGUUGUUAGUGAUGGAAUUAGAUUGCUUCAUGAGUUUUCUUAUUCAAAAUUUGGCAAAAGCUCUCGUCUUCUUAAAGAAUAUAUAAUUGAUGUUGGGGCUUCGAGUUUGAAGGACUUGGUGUUAACAUUGUCCCCGGUGAAUGGUUCAGUUGCCUUCAUCAAUGGAAUAGAGGUGGUAUCUGUGCCUAAUGGUCUGUUUGGUUCCAAAGUUAUCCCUGUUCCUCUGGGUACUGCAGUUGACAUGCCUACCAAUGUGGCUUUCGAGAUGGCUUAUAGAAUUAACAUGGGAGGUCCUCUUCUGACUCCCAAAAAUGACACAUUAUGGAGAACAUGGGAACCAGAUAAACCAUAUCUGGCUAAUCCUGCUGCAGCCCAUAAUGUUUCUGCCAAUCCGGGUGUAAUUGAAUACUCUGCUGGUGUACUAGCUGAAGCUGCUCCUAAGUGGGUUUAUGCUACUGCCCAAGAAAUGGCAAACGCGAAUGUCACUGAUCAGAAAUUUAACAUUUCAUGGUUUUUUGAAGUUGAUCAAAACUUCACCUAUCUUGUAAGGUUUCACUUCUGUGACAUUGUCAGUGUAGCUCCUCAUAGUUUGAUUUUCAAUGUGUACAUCAACAACCAAUCUGCUCUAAACUCCUUUGAUAUCUCAACCAAAACAAUGGAGUUAUCGGCUGCUUAUUUCAUUGAUUUUUUAGUUAAUGCUUCAGUGGGUUCAAACCAGAUGCUGGUCCAAAUAGGCCCUUCUGUUUUAAGGAAUUUCCCACCAAAUGCAAUCUUGAAUGGUUUGGAGAUUAUUAAAAUAAGCAAUCCUAGUGACAGUCUAGAUGGUGAUUUCCAUGCCAUUUCCAUUUAUCCCAAGAGCCUAAAGAUUAAAAAAUGGAUGCCACUAGCAAUCUUGUCCUGCUUAGGAAGUUUUGCUCUUCUGUUAAUUUGCUUAGCUGUUUUCUUCCUGUGUUUGCAUCGUUCAAAGAAGCCAAAGCAUCAGCCUUCAGCUUGGUUGUCACUUCCAACUCAAAUAGGAGUUUCUGAAACCAAGAUUUCGACUGGUAGUUUUGCUUCGACAGCACAAUCACUUGGAUUAGGCCGUAUCCUAGCUUUCUUGGAGAUUCGUGAAGCAACAAAUAAUUUUGAUGAGAGCUUGGUGUUGGGUGUUGGUGGAUUUGGUAAGGUCUACAGAGGAGUGCUGGAUAAUGGGGUUGUGGUCGCUGUAAAACGUGGGAAUCCACGAUCCCAGCAAGGGCUAACUGAAUUCAAGACAGAAAUUGAGAUGCUCUCAAAGCUUCGGCACAGGCAUCUGGUUUCUCUUAUAGGUUAUUGUGGGGAACUUAAUGAGAUGAUCCUUGUUUAUGAGUUCAUGGCCAGUGGACCUCUCCGAAAACAUUUGUACGACUCAAAUCUUCCCCCACUCACUUGGAAACAACGCCUUGAGAUUUGUAUUGGAGCUGCAAAAGGAUUGCACUACCUUCACACUGGUGCAGCUGAGAGUAUCAUCCACCGUGAUGUCAAAACAACCAACAUCCUGCUUGAUGAAAAUCUCAAUGCCAAAGUGGCAGAUUUUGGAUUGUCUAAGUCAGGCCCUACUCUGGAGCAAACUCAUGUGAGUACUGCUGUGAAGGGAAGUUUUGGUUAUCUUGAUCCAGAGUACUUUCGCAGGCAGCAACUCACCGAGAAAUCAGAUGUAUAUUCAUUUGGAGUAGUACUGAUGGAGGUUUUGUGUGCUCGACCGGCUAUAAAUCCAGCUCUCCCAAGAGAACAGGUUAAUUUAGCAGAAUGGGCAAUGUGCUGGCAGAAAAGGGGCCGAUUGGAUCAGAUAAUGGAUCCCCAUCUUAUGGGAUCUGCUAAUGUUGAAUCCCUUCGAAAAUUUGGUGAAACAGCGGAGAAAUGUUUGGCUGAACAAGGAGUUGAAAGGCCAACCAUGGGAGAUGUUCUCUGGAAUUUGGAGUAUGCUCUUCAGCUGCAAGAGACUUCAAUACAAACUGUUGCUGAUGAGAAUAGUGCAAAUUAUAUUCCAGAUAUUCCAGACUGGAGCCCCCAGAUUGAACCAGCUGAUGGUGAUGAUGCCGGUACCAUUAGCAACAAAGAAUCUGAUGCAGCAACAAGUUCGUUGUUUUCACAGUUGAUGGAUCCAAAAGGGAGAUAGCUCUGUAGAGGCAAACGUUGAUCAUUUGUUUUGUUGUAUCUUUCCUGGCUAAUCCUAUUACAAAGGAAGGGGUUACAAGGGUUUGUAUCACAGUGGCAGUCAAUUAUUUCUUGUCACUGCCACUGGGCUAAAUUGUAAGAGAUCUUGCAUGCAAUAGCAUCAUUACUUCCAGAUUAAGUGCAAGUGAAAGUUCUGAAGA